CUGGAUAGUUUGCUGCUUGAACUUGAACACUUGCCGGGCGGCGGGCCCGUCUACUUACCUGUUGAAGAAGCUGCAUCGUCUUUUUCCCCUUACAAAUACCACAAGCCACCAAGUACUUUUUCGCUCUCGUCCGAUGGGACAAAAUGCAUAGAAGCAAGCCCUCAUCGCAUUGUUCGCUCGAACGAUCUAUCCUUUUUGCCGUUUAAGCAACUGCAGCUAGGUAACGAAUUGGAAAUGCUGAGAUGGCUUGGAAAAGAAAGAAAAGAAGCUGAAGAAUUUGGAGCGGAAAGGGAUGGAUCGAGUCUAAUCUCUUCUGGAAUGGCGGAGGCAGAACACACCUGGCUAUCGGCUCAUCUGGCUACUAUUGAGACCCUUAUUCGAGUCAAUUUGGCUAGAAUCGUUACUGCAGAGCGCCUAGCAGACGCAUUUUGGUAUGCCUCAGAAUUUGAAGGAUGA